CAGCAUCAACACGGGGCGAUGAGAGCGGAUCCACGGCGCUGAGCUAGUGCUAGCCCCGCAUGCUAACCAGCUACAUCCACUAUAUUUAUAAAUAACCCAACGGGGGUGGAGAACACAUUAGCUAGCAGUUAGCAUACAAGCUACACGGAAGUGCUGCGUCUCCACGGGGCAGACACCUACAGGUUGCGGGUUUGAAUCCACUUGGUCCCGGUUCACGUCAGCGGAUUCCACUGGUUAGUGAGGUGCUGAGUCAUCUCUCCUGAUCUAAAACUACUGAUCCGCUGAUCUGUCAUCAUGACGAACACAGACUCUGUCAAGAUCCGGGUCUUCUCUCUCAACUGCUGGGGGAUCCGUUACAGCAGCAAACAAUGUUCCCAGCGCUACGUCAUGAUUGGAGACAUGUUGUGCAGAGAAGAGCACGAUAUUGUGUUACUGCAAGAGGUGUGGAGUGAGAAAGACUACAUGUCCCUGAAAAAGAAACUUGCCUGUAGCCACCCUCACUCUCAUUACUUCAAAAGCGGCGUCAUAGGAAGUGGCCUGGCCCUUUUCUCCAAACACCGAAUCCACGACACAUUUCUUUAUCGCUACUCACUGAACGGUUAUCCAUACAUGGCUCACCAUGGAGACUGGUUCGGAGGUAAAGCCGUCGGGAUGGCCGUCAUCGGUAUUGGCAACCUGACUGCAAAUGUCUACGUGACUCAUCUGCACGCGGAGUACUGCAGACAGAAGGACUCGUAUCUACCUCACAGAGUGGUCCAGGCCUGGGAACUGCAGCAGUUUGUUCGGCACACCUCUGCUGGAGCAGAUAUGGUUAUUUUAGGUGGUGACCUCAACCUGCACCCUCAAGACCUCGGGAACAGACUACUGAUGUCCUAUACUGGACUCAGAGACUCCUAUUUAGAGACGGCUAAAUUUGAUGGAUGUGAGGAUGGUAUCACUCUAAUAGCCGACAACCCUUUCACCAAUAAAAAGGACCUCGUUCCCUUUGAGAAAGGAAUCCGAAUCGACUACAUCUUGUUCAAAGGUUCUCCUAAAACAGACGUUUUCUGCGACUCCAUGUCCACCACCAAAGGCUCCGUCGCCGACCACCCUUUCCCGUACUCCGAUCACGAGACCCUGACCUCUGAACUGAGGCUGGAGUCCCACACUCCACCUGGGACGGGAAGAGACAAGAGUUUAAAAGACUAUGCUACAGGGAAGUUGGCCGAGCUGGUUGACAUCGUGACAGAGGCCCGUACUGAAGUCAAAGUCGGGCUGCACUGCGCGGAGAGGAUGCGCUACACAGCCAAGCGCACCGGGGUGAUGGGCGUGGCUCUGCUGCUCCUGGAGCUGGCCAUCGCUGCCGUGCCCUGGUUGGCUCUGGGAGCUCAGCAGCCGUUCCCUUCUACGUCCUUCUACCUGCUGGCCGGGCUCUGCUUCGCCAUCCUGCUGACCACCACCAUGCUGUACAUCUUCUACACCAUGGAGGUGAAGUCUCUCCAGGGGGCGGAGGACCAGAUGAGACUGUCUGUAGGAAGCCUGCAGGAGGGUCUUCGGGGCUUUUCUUUGGCUCAGGCCCUCAAUGCCCAGCGGAAGCCUCCAGGGGGUCUCAGUGCAUGUAACCCAGAGGAGUAACGUCAGAGCUAACUGGGUCAAAACGGGCUCCGUGUAAUGAAGCCUUUGAGAUUAGCUUUAAGAUGGAAGUUUGAGGAAGUCGUCGCUCCUCUGAAUGUGUUUUUAAGCCCUAGAAAUUUAGAUUUGUACCACAGAAUGAAGGAGUUGAGCUAUAAUCGAGGAACGUUUCCGAUAGUCGUGCUGUACACAAUCAUGCUUUGGCAUUUUUAUACUUUUUCUACAUAUGUACACAUACAUAUUCGUCUUUAGCCCUUUAUUACCUCUAGAUUUCCCUCUAUGCAGCUCCACAAGUGUUCUUCCUAUUAGACAGUGAGACAUGUCUGUGCUUAAACGUCAUAACGAUGACCUACUGUGUUUGUCAAGCCUCAGGCCCGAUUUGCAUUCCACCUUCCAGUAGUAUCAUUGGGACCAGUUGUUUCUGCUUUUGAUAUCAUGCUUCCCCUUUUGUGAUCUUUAGAGAGUCCACAGCACAAUCGUAGAGGGUCCAGACUGUGGGCAGGUUUACUUACAGAGGGGAUGCACACGAGACACAGACACUCCGGAGGAUUUUAGGUUUACAUUCAGAUCUGUUACAUGUUUUUUACUCCGCAGACCAGAUCACUGGGAAGUAGAACUUAGAAAAACGAGAAUGCUCAGGCCAGUUUUGACUUCUCAGUGUAGAAUAUAUAUAGUAAAGGGGACAUAUUGUAUCUGCGUAUCCCAGUUCUCAUGGUCAGUCACUAACAUACUAAAGUAAAGCUGUAGGAAUGUGCUGACGAUUUUCUGCUUUAUAUGCUCUUAACUCUCACCUUAAUUAAAUCGCAUGAAUUUACUUUACAACGCAUCUUGUGCUGCAGGAACUUUUUAAAUUAAUCACUUAAUAUAUCUUAAAGGUGCAUUGCACUUGGUUGACUAACAUGAUUAACGACUUCUGUUGUUGUUUUAUGGGAGACGACCUUAUGUACAUAUCGCUGUAAAACAGUGCUAAGACUCAGCUGGAGCCAAAGCCAGACUGAUCAAUUUAAUAUAAAUUCUUAAUUAUAACCUAGCUAUUAGAAAGAUGCUUAAAUUUUACUAUGAAUCUUAGAAUUUCAGAUGAUUCCUGAUGUUCAUUCCAAUUGAAAACUGUCAUGGGCAUGACAAUGAAGCAAUAAUAAAGAUAUUUACUUA